AUGGAUGAGGAAAAGCUAAUGCAGAGUGUUCAGAAAAAUGUACGUUCCUUGCUCCUCGCGUCUAAGGAUGGACUAAGCCUUCAGGAAUUGGAGCAAGAUUACCGAAUGAUGAUUGGCUCAAACCUCCCUGUGCGGGUUCUUGGCUACAGAUCCACCCUUGAUCUGCUUAUGGAUAUGCCAAGUGUGGUAAAUGUCCGUACACAAAGGGAUGGCACAGUAAUGUUGUCUGGUGUUAUUGAUGAGGCUACUAAAGGAAUAGCAGAUUUGGUUGCUCAGCAGAAAUCUCGUUCCAGAGCCAGAGCGAACCACAGGCGUCCAGUGAUGAGAUCUAGGUGCCAUGUCGACUUGAUAAGACGCGGCAGAACAGCUCCUCUGCUCCCUGCAUCUGUAAAAAGUGAUCUUCGAGACCUAUUCUCGUUAUCUCCAUUGCUGCUCUCUGAGUUUGAUAAGGCCUUUUUCCUAAGAUUUGGCCGUCACUUCCAGUACACCCGGUAUGGGUUUUAUAGCAUGCAUGAGGUUCUCAAUUCUAUUGCAGAUAUGAUUCAGGUGACGCAGACUAGAACAGGCUCUUUGUUAUCUUUGCGGAAUCCUGAAGUUAGUGGAAAGUCACAUGGUAACUCCAUAAAAGGGAAUAGUGUUCAUCAGCCUUCUCAACCUAAGACUUUUCUCAAGCCACAGUCUUUGUCUCUGAAGCCACAUACUAGUUCUGUGCCAAUUGUACCCCUGUUGCCUAGUAAUGACUAUACUUCUCUUAACCUCCAAAGUUCAACGAAGAUAGCAAGCCUUUUUAAACAGAAUUUAGUAAAGAAGUCAGAUGAAAUAUUCCAAGUCUGUGUUGAUAAAAAGUCCCAGGAGAAACCACUGAUGUCAAUAGGAAAUGGCACCCCAGAAAAUAGCUUGUCUACGAAGAAUUCCUGUUUACUUGAAGAUUCCCAAAAUAUUAAUAUAAAUCCCAGUGAUAAACCUCCAGAACUUGCUGAAACCACUACAACAUAUGAAACGGUGGCAUCUGCAGAAACAGCUGAAAAAGAACAUACCUCAUCUUUGGAUGAUAAAGAAAACGGAUUAUCGUGGUUGGAAGCAAAGCUAGAGAAGGAGCUGAAAUUGUGUCUUGCACAGAAAGGACUUGGAGGAUGUGUCGGUGCUGAUCUUAAACAGGAUAUAAAACGCAUUGUUGGACAACAUUCAGAAGGAGUCUUGAUUUCUCAGCUGCCUGUUCUCUUUAAACGUGUUACUGGAAAUGACCUGCCCUUCAAGCAACUGGGUUUUAUGUCUGUAAUGGAAUUUGUUGGCUCUCUUGGUGACCUCUUUUAUAUGAAAAAGACAGAGGAUGGACAUGAUUGGCUUCUUUUUGAUUCUAAAAGAAAACCGAAGACCGAGGAUAAGAAUGAAGGGUGGUCUAUCACUAAUAGUGACAUGGUUGAUUGGAAUUCAUCUCAGCAUAACUCAGAGAAAAUAAAGCCCUUGUGUGUCAAGAUUUCUAAGGCAGAUCAGAGUCUCUGGUGGGGUCCUCUAGAGUUGCUGCUCUCAAAUUCAAUACAAGCUGAGAUCCCUCCUGAUGCUGUUAGAAAUCAAAAGCUACACUGCUUACCUCGGAUGAAACGGAGCUUUAUGAUAGGUGUUUUUGUCGAGAACAUCUGCUCUCCCAGUGAAUUUUAUGUUCGUUGUUAUAGCAAGGACACUUCGGAGAGGCUGGAGGACAUGAUGAUUGAGAUGAGGCGCUGUUAUUCCAGUGAAUGUGUGUCUAAGCGUUAUCUGGUCCCUGACAACUGUGUGGAAGUGGGUGAGGUCUAUGCUCUCAGGGUAUCUGGAGACGUGUGGUGGUAUCGCGUUGUUGUGCAUUCCGUGCGCAGCUCAGAGGACGUGGAUGUGUUUUAUCCUGAUUUUGGCAAUGUAGCCACAGUGAAACGAAGCUGGCUUCGAUUCCUUAAGAAUUCUUAUAUGAGGCUUCCAGCACAAGCUGUUCCCUCUUCACUCGCCUAUUUGAAACCAGUAGAGGGGGAAUGGUCUUUACAAGCCGUAAGGCGUUUUCAGCAGCUCUGUGGCCGUGGACCUCUAGUUGGAUUGGUUUUGCAGUAUCUGGAAGAUGUGCUAUACAUUUUCCUUUGUGACACUUCAUCCGAUGAUGACGUUUAUUUGCACCAGCUACUUGUUAAUGAGAAUCUUGCAGUCAUGAGCCAAGAGUUGGGAUCUUACAAGGGCUUUCGAAAAUUGAAUCCUUGUGUUCGUUACCUGACGCAGUCCCCUGAGGAGCCGCCAGACGAAUCUUCACAGUCUCAAAAUCCUGUGCAGAACAAAAACAUUGAGGCUGAGCCGGCAAAUAGUCAAGACGCAGUCAUAGAGAACUUGACGAACUCCAGCCCCAUGCCUGGCAUUACUGUAUCGCCUCAUCAGGGCAGGCCAAUUGAGUCUUCUAUACAAUCCAGUUUCCAGCAUAUCGAGAGGUUGUUUAACAGACAGAAGACACAAUCUGGACUGCAGGAUAAACAAGUGAUAGAACACAGUAUGCCCUACUUAGAGCCAAUACCCACAAGCACAGACAUAUGGGAUGAAACGUGGCAAUUUACAAAUACAGCUGUUUCUUUAAGUGAUGUCUCUAAACCAUCUAAUGCCCUUACAGUGCACCAGCAGGAAGAAAAACCUAUUCAAGAGCCCUGCAAAGUUGAUUUACAUUCUGGUGAUGCUGGUCAGCUCCCUCGUCCAUUGGAGGAAUUUUACAUCUCUCUCAUCAAAUCCAGAGAAUCGCAAGAAAAGGGGGAAAUGCAGCCAUCUACUUCAACAGCAAACCCUUCUGUGUUAGAAGAUGUCUGCCCACAUCCGCUUACAAAACAUCAGGAAAAUAUCUGUACAUCAGAAAUUCUUGUUACACAAAAACCGUGUAAUGAAGUCGCUGCUAGCGCUGUAUGUGGGGAACAAACCUAUUACCAGCAGUCAAGUUACAUGUCUCACCCACUUCUUGGAUUUCAGAAACAUCAUAUCUCUAAGAUUUCAGCCACCAUGGCACUGGGACCUGCUGCUCGGUUAGCCACUGCUGGUAGCCUACUCGGCUGGGUGACUGAAGCAGGCAAAAUAUAACUGAAAAAAUAGGCAGUGAAAUUCUUUGUUUUCGAUAAGUUAUCAAAAAAAAAUUAUGAAAGGAUCAGUAAAAUUUGAUUUAAAAUGAAGUACCUUAUUGUAAAUACAUUUUCUUGUUAUUUCUUGCUGUAAUUCUAUUCCCUGUUCAGGCAGAAGAAGAGUGGUGUUGUCUCCUUAUUAGUUUAAUAAAGAUGAGAUGGACCAUAAAACUGUAAUACUUAACUGACUGAAACAUCUAGACCAUUUUACUGUUGAACAACUGUGUACUCACAAAGGUGCUAAACAUAUAAAUAAUUUCUGGGCACUAGACAAGACCAGUGAGCCAUCGGGAAUCAUAUUCUUGGGUAUCCACUAAUCACUGGUGUUAUCUUGCUUUACAACAGAAUAGAGGCACACAGUGGUAAAAUAGUAAUGUGCUGUAAUUUUACUAUUGCGGUUUUAUGUUCCUGAUGUAAUAGAUCACUUGAAUACAUAGCAGAACAAAUGUUUAAACUCUGCUAUGUCGAUCGAGCACGCAAACGGCAGUGUGUAAAAAAAAAACAGGGAACAUAUUCGUAGUUGAGAUUUGUUUACUAAAUUGAUGCCAAAUAUGGCCGCAGGCAUAACCAAUCUGCUGUUUUCAGUGCAAAUCCAGAUAUUUGUGUGUUGCACUUUUACAUGAAUAAAUCUAGUAUCAGAGAUAUCUGAACGUUGCUUCCUGCAACCAUAUUUGCCCAUGUAAAAAAUAUAUAUACAAACACCAGCAACUGUUUUUUUUUGUUUUGUUUUUUUUUUCCAAUUUAAUGUUUUGUUUUUACAUCACAGCUUAUUGUUUCUAAGGCAGUUUAGUGUUUGCUACAGCAUCAAAAUUCUAUUCCUAAUUAAUCAUUUUAUUUAUGAAGAGAGACACUUAUGUAAGAAUAAUAUAUUCUGAUGGAUCUUGAAUAUUUCAUUUUACAUUGUGUUUUAUUUGAUUUAUAGAUAUAUGUUUGUAUGAAUCAAACAAUGUCAUCUUGUUUUCUAAAUCUUCAAAUCUUUCAAGUCCUCUAAACUUUUAUUUUGAAUGUUAAAGUGAUGGUAAACUCUCUCCUUUUUAAAAUCAUAUCCGGAAUGUUAGUGAUAUUUUAGAUGGAGUUUAAUUAAUCACUUCUAACUGAAAAUGCGCUAUAACUUAAUAUAGUUAUGAAAUUCAAUUAUCCUGUGUCAAUUUUUCUGUGAGCUAUUGGUUUGAAUUGUUCUCCAAUCAGUGCUUUCUCCAUAUGGCACUUUUGUUGAAGCUGGAGCGCUGAUUGGAGAAGAUUUUAAACCGUUAGCUCACAGAAAAAUGUAUUUUUGAAGUGGGUGGGGAAGUGCGGGUAUUUGAGUUUUAUAUCUUUAUGAAAAAGUAAGUUAUAGCGCAUCUUUGUUACAACUGAUUAAUGAAACAGCAUCUAAAAUAUCACUAACAUUCUAGAUCUGAUUUUUAAAAGGGGAGAUUUUACCAUCUCUUUAAGUUUUUUAUUUAAUUUAAGAACGGAUAGAUGUAGUUUGUUGUGACCAUUAUACAAUAAAGUAUCACUAUGCUUAA